GAAAAACUCACACCAUAUCAUUGGAGAAUGAAUGGGAAAAAGGGUAGCAGCAUCAAGAUCGACAUUUGUCCGGCAUCGUCAAAAGUAAAACUACCGGAAACCACCGAGAAGAAAUCAGCCGGAGUUGUUGGGUUCUACAGUAAAGAAUGGAUGAAGUCAGUGUGGGAAUUCUGCAAAGAAGACCCCAAUAGAGUAACAUUCUCACUAAAGGUGGGCCUUGCUGUUCUCCUAGUGUCCUUGCUCAUACUUUUCCAAGCACCUUAUCAUGUAUUCGGUACCAGCAUCAUAUGGUCCAUCCUCACUGUCGCCAUCAUGUUCGAAUAUACUGUUGGGGCGACGUUUAACCGAGGAUUGAACCGGGCGCUAGGAAGCUUACUUGCCGGAGUCUUUGCAGUUGCCGUCGGCCAGGUGGCUCUGUGCUCCGGCCAUGUUGCAGAACCUAUAAUAAUUGGUUUCAGCAUCUUCUUGAUAGGAGCUGUAACAUCUUUAAUGAAGCAGUGGCCUUCCUUGGUGCCAUACGAGUAUGGAUUCAGAGUUACACUCUUCACCUUCUGUUUGAUAGUAAUUUCUGGGUAUCGUAUGGGAAACCCGUUAAAGACUGCAAUGGCACGGUUGUACUCAAUUGGAAUCGGAGCAUUUGUAGCAGUUCUAGUGAAUGUCUUUGUGUGUCCUGCAUGGGCUGGAGAGAAACUCCACAAAGAGUUAGUUAAACAAUUUGAUGCUGUGGCUGAUUCUCUUGAUGAAUGUGUGAGGAAAUAUUUGAAAGAUGAUGGAUCUGAUCACCCGGAGUUCUCUAAGACUGUGAUGGAUGAGUUUCCUGAUGAGCCUGCUUAUAAGGGAUGUAAAGCUACUUUGAACUCAUCAGCAAAGAUCGAUUCUUUGGCAAAUUCAGCGAAAUGGGAGCCACCACACGGCAGAUUCCGACACUUCUUCUACCCUUGGUCGGAAUAUGUAAAAGUAGCCUCCGUUCUCCGAUUUUGCGCCUACGAAGUGAUGGCCCUUCAUGGAGUCCUUCACUCUGAGAUACAGGCACCCUAUAACCUCAAGAUUACAUUUCAGUCAGAGAUUCAAGAAGCAAGUAGCCAAGCAGCAGAACUAGUGAGGAGUCUUGGAAAGGAUAUGAUGAACAUGAAGAGAAACCUAAGGACUUCUCUACUAAAGAGAGUCCAUAACUCUACAGAGCGCCUCCAAAGGGCCAUAGACAUGCACUCUUACCUCCUCACAUCGGGACAUGACUUUUUCCUUGACAACAACAACUCCUCCUCCUAUAGUACCAAGGCACUCUCUAAACAAGUCUCUUUUGCUUUGUCACCUACUACCCUUUCCAACCUCUCCGCCCACUUGGUGAUUGACCAAGGCAGUGGCGAUGGUGGCCAGGAGAUGCCAUUGAAUCCGCCACCGCAGGCGGUAGAGAAUGGGACUCCGGCAGUGGGGGCGGCAACUGAGUCUUACCAUGAGGCAAUGAAGAAGCAACAGAGGAGGUUAUAUUCAUGGCCAUCAAGAGAGGUGGAUGAGUUUGAAGAAGGUAGUGUUGGAGUGGAUUUUCUGCCUAGGAUGAAAGCACUGGAGAGCACUGCUUCCUUGUCCCUCGCCACCUUCACUUCAUUGCUUAUCGAGUUUGUGGCUCGACUUGAUCACUUGGUUGAAGCUGUUGAUGAGCUUGCCAAGAUGGCAAAGUUCAAGGAUGACGAUUCAUGA